CCAUUUCCCUACCUCCAAGCUUUGCUGAUACAGGUUUUCUGUCGAGCUAGCUACGCAGUAUUUUCUGUCAAGAAAUGGACGCCGCAAAUCAACUUUGCAAACUUUUUGUCGGUGGAUUGAACGUAGAUACCGACGAUGACGGGCUCCGCAAGCAUUUUGAGCAGUAUGGUCAACUGACCGACUGCGUUGUGGUUGUGAAUAAGCAGCUACAGAGGUCCCGCUGUUUCGGCUUUGUUACCUACUCGAGCGGGGAGGAGGCCGAUGCAGCAAUGGCGGCUAGGCCACAUGUCGUUGAUGGCACCAACGUGGAGUUGAAAAGAGCGGUCGCUCGUGAAGAUGCUGGAAAACCCGAGGCACUCGCCAAGGUCAAGAAAAUAUUCAUCGGUGGACUGAAAGACGACAUCGAAGAUGAACAUCUGAAUGAUUAUUUUUCCCAGUUCGGCGAGAUCGAGAAGGCCGAAGUAAUCGCGGAGAAGGAAACCGGAAAGAAAAGGGGUUUCGGCUUUGUUCACUUCACAGAUAACGACUCGGCCGACAAGGCAGUGGUUGUAAAGUUCCACACCAUCAAUGGGCACAAGGUGGAAGUGAAGAAAGCCCUCACCAAGCAGGAGAUGCAAGCUGGUGGUGGCGGCAGGGGUGGAAGAGGGGGGAGAGGCAUGAGAGGAGGACAAAAUGGCUUCGGUGGCGGCAGAGGUGGUUACGACAGCUACGGGGGCGGUUUCGGUGGGGGCUAUGGAGGCAAUAGCGGCGGUUAUGGCGGCGGCUACGGAAGUGGAGGCUAUGGCGGGGGUUAUGGAGGCGCAAGCUACGGAGGUGGCUACGGCGACCAGAUGGGAGGUUAUGGUGGCGGCAAUGGCUAUAGUGACUUUGGCAGUGGGUACAGCCAGCAGUCCUCCGGGUAUGGGCCCAUGAAAGGGGCCAGCAACUAUGCCGGUAGGAGCCCCGCUCCAUACGCCCCCAGAGGCGGUGCUGGUGGCUACAACAGAGGGGCUUAUGGCGGCUACUAAACCCGUGGCUACGACAGACUAUUUGCAAAGAAAUGUCUUUUACACCCUCAACCGUCGGAUCGGACGACCUCAAACCGAACUAAAAAAAAUUCAGUCAUCGGGCAUCUGCCAUAAAGUACUGGCAAAAUGCCGACACUGUGAAACCUAAUCAUUAAGAAGACCUCAAAACCAAACAGGUAGGAAGAUGACUUCCGACCCAGAACCUGAUUAGCACGACCAGCUGUUGCUGUAGGAAAAGUUCGAUUGCAAAACCCAUUUAUCAUUUGUUCCAAGUUGAGGGCGUGUAGCUGUCGUUAGUUGGCUUGCUUUUUUUUUUUUAGUUUUGCGUACAUUCGUUUUUGAGUUUAGUCAAGGAUUGUUUUGUUUGAUACUAUAUUUUCUCUUAUCUACAUUUUAAGCAAUUAGUUCCGAAUUUCCCUGGGAUCUAAUCUUUUUUUCAAUGUUUGGGGAAUGGGACGCAUGUGCUAUGGAGUUGUAUUUAUUAGCUAUGACUCUGAUGUAAAUUUGUAUUCUAUCCACUACUAGCCUAUAGGUUUUAGGUGACGCUUAGGUGGUGGGGCGGAUCCAGUUUAAACGUUUCAUUCUUGACAAUGUUUUGUAAAUCAACGAAGUACGUCACAGUAAUUUCCCAACACACAUAGCGUCCGCUAUCAGCUUAAUGUUCCUUUCAUUUACUUCAGCAAUAUCUCAUGUAUAUUGUAUAAUCUGUCUGAAGAUCAAACUACAAUUGUUAAGCAUUGGUAUGCAUAUGUAUGUUCAUUUUAAAUAAAAAGUUAAACAAA